AAAAAAACUUUCCUACUCGGAUGCCGCGCACGAAAGUAUCCUCCUUUUUGAUUCUGCAACUUACUUGAUCACACGUGGAUCGUCAGUAACAUAAAAUUUAGCCAUGGUGCGAGUCAGUGUAUUAGCCGAUGCCCUCAAAUGCAUCAACAAUGCAGAGAAGCGUGGAAAACGCCAAGUCCUCAUCCGACCAAACUCCAAGGUCGUCGUUAAAUUCCUCACAGUAAUGAUGAAGCACGGUUACAUCGGCGAGUUCGAAAUUGUCGAUGACCAUCGUGCUGGCAAGGUUGUUGUCAAUCUUACUGGUCGCUUGAACAAAUGCGGCGUCAUUUCGCCCCGUUUCGAUGUCCCCAUCGUUCAAAUUGAGAACUGGACCAACAAUUUGUUGCCCUCACGUCAAUUUGGAUAUGUCGUUCUCACAACAUCCGCAGGCAUUAUGGACCACGAAGAAGCCAGAAGAAAACAUUUGGGAGGCAAAAUUCUCGGAUAUUUCUUCUAAAUAC